AUGUGGCGGCAAAGUGCCUCGCCGGGGGGCGCGCGAAACCCUCAUUCGAAAUCCCUUCCAUCUUCUCGGACGAAUCGAGUUCCAGAUCGAAAUCUCUCCGAUGACGACGAGGAGUUGGACGAGAUCACUUAUGGUGAUGAUUCUUUGGAGAGCCUCCGAUCUCUUUAUUCUAAUCAUACUAAGAAGAAGCAAGAGAUUUCGUUGGCUGAGAAUGAGAAUGCAAGGCGUGAGCUUGAGAAUGAUAGCUGCGAUCAUCGCAAAUCUUUGUUGAUGGAAGAUCUUGAUCAUGACUCUGGUGAUGAGUCAAUCUCUGACGAGGACAAUAAUGUGCUUUCAAAUUUUUUGCACACAUCCGGGGUCACCAAAGGCAAGAGAAAUAAUGAUCAUGAGGCAGAAAGAAAGAGACAAGAGGUAGUGCGCAAGUGGUCUGCUGUUUCUGAAGAAGCCAAUGAAUUUGUUUAUUUAAAUGAGAAGACUCCCAACUCAUCUCUUCAGAGACGGCAGGGCAGAGCCAAGCCAAAGUUUUCUAUUCAUUCUUCAUACACACAUAUGGGGGGCAUGCCAUCUUCUCAUGGUUUGAAAGUUGAAAAUGAAAAAUUGCCUCCUGAAGGAAUUAAAAAUUAUGCAGACUUUAUAAAUCUUCAUGAAACCAAUGAAAAUUCAAUGUCUGAGCUAUUGGGAGAUCUACAAGAAGAAAAAACUCAGCUGCUUGACAAAUUUGUCUCUCACAAGCCCAUUGCAACACCUUCAAUGGCUGAGCUGUUGGAAGGUUUACAAGAAAAUAACAAUCAUUUUCUGGGGGCUUCUAACCUGUCUCUGCAACAUGAUAGGCCAAAGGGAAGGAGGAACUACAUUGCUGGGAAGAAAACCACAUACACGUUAGGUCCUAGGAUACUUGAUGAUGAAGACUCCGAAUUUGUUGAUGACAGAAUGUCUAGUGAGGAUGAGGACAACUAUAACGAUGACAUUACGUGA